AUGUCACGAAAUAAAGCAAUUAGCUUUGAUGGCGUAUCUGACAAUUUUAUUAGGAAUUGUAAAAAUGUCCAUAUUUUUUGUGAUAUAUGGAAAUAAUCUACAAUUGAAACCAACUACACAUGCUGUAGAGCAAGACUAGUACCCUUAAACAAGGUUUUCCCCGAUAUCCCUACUAAAACUUAGUUUCGACCUAUUACAAUUCUAAGUCCCCUAUUUAAGCUGCUUGAAUUAAGAUUUCUGCCAAGACUAUAACAAUAUUUGUCCACUCGCUUAUCUAAAGGUCAAGCAGGAUUCAUUCCUGGUUCAUCUACUCAAAUAAAUAUCAUCAGACUCUUAAAUACUUUAACUGGUUACAAGAAAUAGGAUAAAAUGGAUUGCAUCUUUAUUGAUUUUAGCAAUGCCUUCAAUAGCAUAAAUAGAUAAAGACUAUUUAAUAUUUUAUCUGCUAAAUCAAUUUUGGAUGGCAUCGAAAUAAAAUUCCUUAAUCACCUCUAUACAAAUCUCCAUUAUAUUUGCCCAUAAAUGAAUACCACAUUUUACUUCUAAAACGGUGUUCCUCAAGGAUCUCCACUGUCUCCCGCACUUUUUAAUAUAUAUCUUGAAGAUUUUUUAGCUUCAUUAAAACAAAACUGUAAUUUUAAUUAUACUUCCUAUGAAUUUGCGGACGACAUUGUAAUUAUUAUUGCUCAUAGAAAUAUCCAAUCCUUUUUAUAAAAGUUGGUUUUAAUUUCUGAAGAAUAUGAACUUAGAUUAAACUAGAAAAAAUGUGGAAUCUUUUUCAUCCAAAAUCAUAAGCGCUGUUAAUAUAACAAUAUAUAAGGAUUUCCUAUUGUGAAAUCUUAUAAAUACCUCGGAAUAAAUAUAUUGAACAAUGGAAAAAUAAGUCUAUAGCUUGAUAAAGUAGAAUAAACUCUAAAAUUUUUAAGUGGAAAGUUGCUAUGGGUUUCUUAAAAACUUAAUUGGAAGCAGAAAUAUUAAUUAUUCUAAACUUUUCUCCUUCCACACAUACUCUAUAUUUGUCCUUCAAUCCCAACCUAGAAAUACAAAAACAUAUUUCAACGCUUAUAAAAAUUAUAUAAAUCUAGCUUUAAAAAGGUUUGUGGAUUUCCUAAAUGCUUACCUAACGAAUUUUUAGAUUUGAUAUUACCCCCUCUAGAACUUCUUAUAGCAAAGCAUACAAAUAAGGUUAUCAGUAGGAUGAACAACGGAAACUUUGGUUAAACUACUUUUAUCAAUAAUUACUUUAACGAGAUAGAAGAAAUGAAUUAAAAUUCAAUAUACAAAUUUCUCCCNGAUGUCACGAAAUAAAGCAAUUAGCUUUGA